UUGACUCUGUAUCUCAUAACUGUGUUAUAAUUUACCGUGGAGGAGAUAAAGAUUAUCAACUAUGGUCUGGAUGGAAACUAAGUGAUACUCAAUACAACCAUGUAACACAACCACCAUUCAAAUUACGUGCAGUCGUACUUACAGUAUAUGAAGACAUCCUCGAUGGAAUUGCCAACUCGGAAGUUGAAAGGGAUGAUUUACUUAAACUAUUUUUAAAAGUUUACUUGGAUGAUAAAAACAGUUAUAGUGAUGAAGUAUAUAACCAAAUUGCGGAUUUUUUUGAACUGGCUGAAAGUUACAUUCCAUUAUCGUUUGAAGAAAGAGAUGAA